UUUCCCAUUGUAUCUUUAAUCAAACCCCAAAUCGAUAAACCCUGUUCUUCAUCAAAGCUCGAUCUUUCAAUCUUGAAUACCCAACAAUGGCAAAAUCAAACUAAUCGCAAAUCGUCUACAGUUGCGAUUUCCUUCUUCUCCUCGUCGCGUAACUCAUCGUCUUGCAAGAGCUUUUUCCUUAGCAACCAGCGGUUGAUUUAGAGUGGCCGCAUCAGAUUCUUGCUAGGUUUCAAGAUUCAUGGGUCUAAAGGGAAAGGAUGAUUCUGAGAAAAGUAAACAUUGUGAGAUCUGUUUGUUCGAUUUCCAGAAGUGUAAGAUUUUCAAGAUUGAUGGCUGCCCACACUACUACUGCUUUUCAUGUAUCAGGAGACAUGUGAAAAAGAAACUACUAGAUGGGAUUAUCCCAAUAUGCCCACAUGAAAAUUGUGAAUCUGAAUUGAAUCUCGAAGAAUGUGAUGUAUUCUUUCCUGAAAAGUUAAGUGUGAUCCUGACCCAACGUCUGUUGAAGGAAGCUAUAGUUCCUGUAGACAAACGAGUUUAUUGCCCGUAUUCAAAGUGCUUGUUGUUGACGUCUACAUCGGAGGUUUGGGUAGAGAAUGAAGAAGAAAGAAUCAUGCGAUGCGUUCAUUGUCAUAAAGCUUUCUGCAUUAACUGCUAUGUUCCUAAGGGCGAUAUUAGAACUCGAAGAAAUCAUGAUCCUUUUCUAAAGGAACCUAAACUCCAUGUCAUUUGUAGUUGCACUCGUGAAUUAAUGGAAGCUGAUAAUGAUGAAAAUGAUCACGAGGUUAAAGAUGCUGAAAAUGAAUAUAAAGAUAUAGAGAAGUUAAUCAUUGAGUAUGACUUGUCAGAUGAUGAUGGUGAAGAGGAAGUGGAUGGAAAUGGAUUGAGAUGAUUGUUAAUUACUUACAAACAAAGGAUCCUAAAUCAAAUGUAAAUAAAACAAAUGAUGAAUUUGUUUCACUCUUCCCCCAUUUUGGAUGGUUUAGACGUUGGAAAUGUUGAAUUUGUAAAAAAAAAUAGGUUUCUAUCUUCGAGUUUUUUUGUAUGAACUAUCUGAU